AGAUUUUAAUUACCUAGUAGCAUAGGUGCUUCAUGCGCAGGACUCCACCCGUCGCCGGCAUGCACACCGCUAAAUCUAAAUCUAAAUCUAAAUUACCCGUCGCUAAAUCUAAAUCUAAAAGACCCAUACCAGCAUAUAUAUUUUUCGCUUUGUUUGCAUAUUGGUCACUGAUUGUGUCCAGUUACAUAACUACAUCAGUUGCUCUUCGCGUAAUUGAGGAAAUUCUCAAAAUAACGAGAAAAAUGGGCGGUGCUGGCAAGAAAGGUCUGCUGCAGGAGUGCACAGAGAGACAGCGCGGGAUGGGCGCCUUAGAUCCUGAUAGGAUCGUGGAAGCCGACAGCGACAGCGAUAGCGCUUCAGAAGUUUGCUCUCAUCACGAGGAGUUUGACAGACUAGAGAAUUUCGACGAGGAGGACGGAGGCUCCUCACUUGCAGGCAGUGUAGACGCUUCUGGCAGAUGUCAGGACUUAUUUUCGGACGUUUGGCUCGAUAGCGCUGCUUUAUGCUGGGCGCACAUGGAAAAAGCACACAAUUUUAACCUACAAGAUAUACGCGAAGUGUACGGUCGUGCGGAGUGGGAUAUGUACUACUGAUGAAAUUUUGAUGCGUUUGUUUGAGUGGUAGAAAAGAAUGAAAGUGUAACUCCUCUUUGUGUGCUUCGAGCCACCUUGUGUUACUAACUUGAUAGUUGUGCGUACUCUACAGCUUCAGAAUGAUUCCUUUCAUUGAAUUUCUCUGUUUACUUUUACAAAACAGCUAUUGCCACAUUCGUUUAAUCGGGUACUUGCGGCGCAUGGGGCCAGAGGCAGCAAAUGCCCUGCUACAGGGGGAAAGUAGGGAACUCCGAUUUGGGCGAAGUAAUCCCUUCUGGACUGACGACGACUUGCUUAUUCCAGUCGAUAGUGAGGAUCCUCUAUUAUUCGACGAUGCCGCGUUUGGUGGAGAUGAGGACUUCGAACAAGAUGCCCACGAACAAGAGGGCGUAGAUAGAAGUUCUUGCACUAGUACAAGUACAGAAGCAAUAGUAAACGAAGAUGGUGGAAAAGAGCAAAAGCCAGAGGUAGGGUCACCAUCUGCGACGAGUACUAGCACAGCGUCCACACCACAGCCUGAAACAAGAAAAGUUUGUGUGAUCCCGGCUGAUUUACCGCAAGCAACUAGAAAUCUAGACCCCGCAUUGAUUGCUGAAUUGCGCCAAGGAUAAAACAUACGAUUCUACUCCUGCUUUAUGGAGGUGUUGUCAUUUUUAAUUGCUUCGUGGUGGGGCAAAAGACUGAAUUAGAAAUACUUGUUGUAUGUUUUCUCGAGAAAAUAAAGUAGACGCUGAGGCCAAGCAAAAAUCCAAAUGGUGCAACGCACAGUACCUUCAAGACUCGCAUUCUUAGUGGGUAGUUCGUUUCGCUACACAAAAGACUAGGUCGACACAUUAUCUUCGAUGGACAUUUAUUUUCACCUAGAGAGUGCUGCCGGAGGAUGCUACAUAUCACACAAGUAAAUAAUCCUUGAAAUUUUCGGAUCUCGGU